CACAGACACUAUGUUUAGGUUAGAUACGCUUCCUAAUGGAAUCAAUACAUCCAAAACAAGAACAAAACUAAUGAAAUAGGCAGGUAGUGAUUAAUUAGCAUUAGUAAUUAUUCUUUAGUUUGCGCACAUGUAUUGUACAUUCCUCAAAACUAAUUAUGUAAGCGGUUCCGCACAUCCGCAUCCACUGAACAAUUACUGCCAUGAGUGAAUUCGAGGAGGCUAAGCCGGCUGUGGACGGUGGAACGCUGUUCAAACAAGAACCUGAAGACCCAGACAACUCGGAGACCUGCUGCAAUGAAUACGACUCGCUCUUCGAUGUGUUCAAGCAAGAGAUGUGCAGCAAUAGUCCAAAAAUGGAACAGAGUGACUGCCAUGUUGAUACUCUGGCUACAAUAACAGAUUUCAAGCUUGGGGAUGUGUCCCCUGCAUAUAUGGAGAUACAUAUUAAACCGGAGCCUUCUCCAGCUGAAGUGAGUGUGCCUGCAGAGCGUGGUCUCACACUGGCUGCACUCUUGGCAAAGAAACCCAAACCCAUGAAUCACUCAAAGACGGAUGAAACCUCUACAAAAAUACAAAACUACUUUGACUCAAUAACACAACAAACAUUGAACAAAGUGACAGAGAAAGAAAGAGAAAGAGAGAGUGAUAACCGUGAGAUGAACAGAGAAGACAGUAUGCAGGGCGGUAGUGUAGCGAGGCGCGAGGACUCUCACACUGGUGAUACACUCUCAUGCGACGAUUGCUCGUACAAGACUGUCAACAAACGUAACUUACUGGUACAUAUACAGACUCACACUAAACUUUACUUUUGCGAGCAUUGCGAUUACAAGGGUCCCUCUGCAAAUGAAUUAGCGAGACACGCAAAGACUCACACCGGUGAAAAACCCUUUUCCUGUAUUUGGUGUGACUACAAAUAUUCCUGGGCGAGUUCUUUAAAAAGGCACAUGAGGACUCACACUGGAGAGAAACCUUACUCCUGCAACCACUGUGACUACAAAUGUUCCACGGCGAGUUAUCUGAAAGCGCACAAGAUGACUCACACUGGUGAAAAACCCUUUUCCUGUGACCAUUGUGACUACAAGUGUUCUCAGAAAAAUCAUCUAAAAACACACAUGCGGACUCACACUGGUGCAAAACCUUUCGCUUGCACGCAGUGUGAGUCCAAAUUUUCGACAGCAGGCCAUCUAAAAUCCCACAUUAAUACUCACACUGGAUACAAACCGUACGCUUGCAAGCUUUGUGACUAUAAAUGUACGAGAGGAUAUUCUCUAAAAGUCCAUAACAUGAGAAAUCACAGUGGAAGUGGUAAGAAACGCAGAUAGAACAUUGUGACUAUAAAUGUCACAAGUAAGUCAUCUUUUUACCCAGCUGCGGCAAAGCCAAAAGAAAGGGUAUGAUUUUAACAGUCUAUGUAUGUUUGUAUCCAGAUUCUGUGUUCCA